GGGUUUUUCCGUUAUUGACUACUAAAUGAAUAAUAAAAAAAAUAUUUUAACCAUAAUAUUCUUUUGAAUUUUUCUCCUCUGAACAGAAAAACUGUAUUUAUUUAUCUUUUUCAAUAAACUUGAUAAUAUAUAUAGACCAAAUUUUCGUAGUCAGAUAAACGUUUUAAGUAACGGCUAUUUGAACUCAAUAAUAAAACGAUAAAACAACAACGAUUGCACACAAGAUGGAUCUCCCCAAACCGCCAGAAGAUCUUGACUUGAAGAACAUAAUUGAUAAACUGGCUCAGUUUGUUGCUAGAAAUGGACCAGAAUUUGAACACAUGACAAAGCAAAAGCAGAAAGACAAUCCCAAAUUUUCUUUUCUCUUUGGUGGAGAAUAUUUCAAUUAUUAUCAGUAUAAAGUGACUUCAGAGCAAGCAGUGGCUAAAAAACAACAGCAACAGUUAGUGCAACAACAACAAAUGGUGCAGCAAGUGAUGACACAACAGACACUUCAGACAGUCACGGUACCAUGGCAACAACCUCAGCAGGGCCCCAGUCAACAGAUUCAGAAUGUUCAGCAACAGAUUGCACAGCACCAAGUGAUGAUGGAGCAACAAAUACAACAAAGUGAUCAGAACCUUGCAGCGCAGUACCAGAGUCUCAUACAGCAACAACAGAUCCAGAUAGAAGAGGCCAUAAUAAAUUCUCGAAAUGAGCAGUUGGAGAAUCUUUGUGCUGAAUGCGAUGUCAAAAUGGAGGAUUUACAUGGCACAGUCCAGCCAAUCAUCGACUCUUGCACUAAGGAUGCAAUUCUGAAUGGAAAAAGUUGGAUAUUUCAGCAUUGUACCUCCACAGAAAAACAUUGUGACCUUGUUGCGAAAUAUUUGCAAAAAAGGUUGGUACAAGCCAAUGUUGGGCCCAAUAGGAUCACAUCCAAGGAUGCCAUCUUUGAGUUACGAUUACACCUGAUUUAUCUAAUGAAUGAUCUUCUACAUCACUGCAUAAGAAAAAAUGCAGGUGACUUAAGAACAAGCUUGGAGAAAGUUGUGAUUCCAAUAUUCUGCACAGCCAGUACUGGGAUUGAGGAUGACAAGAGACACAAACUUAAUAAGCUGUUAAACCUCUGGGAGCAGAACAAGUACUUCUCUCCGGAAACCAUUGAGCAACUGAAGAAUCCAUCACUGGCAUUGACUAAUUACCAGACAAAUCUUCUGAAUGAAAAUGCAGCACUUGUCGGUCAGAUCACAUCAGGGACACAGCAGAAGUAUGCAAAUCUUCAAAAACAACACCAAGACUUUGUGUCUCACCUUAACAGCCAGCUCCAGCAACUUCAGCAACAACUGCAAAUGUUGCAGCAGCAGGCUGUGCAACAAGGCCCUCCCCCUCCCCAAGUGAUAACUUCAAUGGUGGAGGGAAUUCCACCAGGGAGUGUUAUUCCCCCUGGAAUCCCAUCUUCAGUACCUCUGCCUGUGUCUAUGGGACCAGGUCCUCUGCAGAUCCCAUCUUCGACCCCCAUUUCUGUUCCACCCAAUGGUCUUGGUGACCCUCAGGUUGUACAGGUUACACAGAUGAUCCCAACACCAUCUGUUGUGGGAGAUCAGCCACCCCCUGUUACAUCAGAUCCACCACCUCUGAUGCAGCAACAGCUAGGACCAAUGCCCGGAGCCCAGCCACUUCAGGGAAUACCUCCUGGAUCCACCCCUCAGCAGUUUGGCCCACCACCUGGUGGAUUUGGUGGGCCACCACCAGGCUUUAGAGGUCCACCCCCUCAGAAUGUUGGUCCUGGUGGUCCACAGGGAGGAUUACCCCCAGCUUUUACCCCCAGUGCACCCACAUCAGGUCCAAGCCAGAAUCAAUUUGCCCUCCCAGAUCUUAGUAAGCCUCCCCCAGGCUUUCCUGCAGGACCACCACCCUUUGCCCCACCCCCUUCUGACAUUGACCUAACACCAUCAGUACCAUACUUUGAAUUGCCAGGUGGACUUAUGGCACCAUUGGUCAAGCUUGAGGAUCAUGAAUAUCGUCCACUAGAUCCUAAAGACAUUCGUUUGCCUCCACCUAUGCCUCCAAGUGAAAGAUUACUAUUGGCUGUGGAGGCUUUCUAUAGUGCUCCAACCCACGAGCGACCUAGAGACAGUGAAGGAUGGGAAAAAUUGGGUCUUUAUGAAUUCUUCAAAGCCAAGCAGAGAGCAAGAAAAUUAAAAGAGGAAGAGGAGAAAGAAGCAGAAAGACAUCAGAGAGGUCGGAGGUCAAGGUCACGGUCAAGAUCUCGUUCCAGAUCAAGAUCACGUUCCAGGUCAAGAGAGAGAUUUAGAGACCGAGAGGAAAGAAGAUCCAGGAGCAGAUCAAGGUCAAGGUCACCUUCUCCUUCACCCAGAGGUCGGAGGAGGCAAAGUGGGAGGAGAAGCAGGUCAAGGUCCGAGUCACCUUUACCAUAUCAGAGAAGCAGUAGGUCACCUUCACCAUCACCAAGGCGACGUAGAGUGUCCAAGAGUCCAUCACCAUCAAAUGAAUUUGCUGGGAUGGGAUCACAACAAACAGGAGAAUCCAAGUUAGGACUGGAGAAUAAGGGUCAUCAGAUGCUGAUGAAAAUGGGCUGGGGAGGUAAAGGACUUGGAGCAAGUGAACAGGGCAUUGUGGACCCCAUCGCUGGAGGGGAUGUCAGGGACAGGCAAGACAUGUUUAAAGGAGUUGGUGUAGAUCUCAGGGAUCCAUUUGAACAGUUUAGAAAGAACAAGAGUCAUGGAUUUAUUGCACGGAUGAAAGCCAGGGAUGAAAUGAGGGAAAAGAGUACUAAAGGCAAAAAAGAUAAAGAACAGGAGACCUGACUAAUGGCAGCUUAACUCAUUUUACAUUGCAAAUCAUGUAUGUUGUCUUAUCAUAUGAGCUUGACAAUAAAAGAAGAAAUAAA